AUGACGGGUGUAUCAUUGGAACUAUCUUACGACGAUGAGGUUCAAGUCGAGAUCCACGCCGCCGGCCUCAACUUCCGCGAUGUUCUGGGGGCGAUCGGUAUCAUCGAGGUGACCCCUCCUACCUUUGGCUACGAGGCCACUGGGAUCGUGCGUCGCGUUGGACCGAAGGCAGGAAAGCUCAGCGUUGGGGACAGAGUAGCCCUCGUAGGGUUUGAUGUCUUUGCGUCGACUGUCACGACCACCGAGAGGCUCUGCGAAAGGCUCCCGGAUGAACUCGACUUCAUCAACGGAGCUUCCAUGCCGCGGGUCUUUGCUACGGCCAUUUACUCGCUCAUCAACGUCGGGGGACUUCGGCGAGGCCAGGAGCUUGGCAUCUCGAGAGAUCACAUAUUCAACUCGCGGUGGGUGAGCUUCCAAGAAGAUCUGCUAAGACAAACUAACGGUAGAGGCAUUGAUUUGGCGCUCAACUCACUCUCGGGUGAGUUGCUCCAUGCAACUUGGCGCUGCAUUGCGAAAUGGGGGACUUUGGUAGAGAUUGGCAAGCGUGACCUUCUCGGCGGAGGCAAGCUGGAAAUGGAAUUGUUCCUUGCCAAUCGUAGCUACCGUUGUGUAGACAUUGACCAGAUGUGCAAGGAGGGACCCGAGAUAAUCAGCCCCAAGACUACUCCGUUCCUGAUGGAGUUUUUCCGCGAUGGCCAUAUUCGAGCCAUCCCUAUCGACAAGGGUUUCCCUUGCUCCAAAAUACAAGAAUCAUUCCAGCACAUGCAGCAGGGCAGCCACAUUGGGAAGAUUGUGCUUCGAUUUCGCGCCCCGACAUCGGCGGAACUCCAGCUUGGACAGAUUCAGCCUGUCAAAUUCGCGGGCAGUUGCGGAGUCCCCUCGCCCCCUCAAAGGGGUACUCCAGAUGACAAUGGUGCUUCAGGACCAAGCUGGCAGAAGAUGACCAUCGACGAGUGGAACGAAACGACGGCGCCCAAGGUGAAAGGAACAUGGAACCUUCACAACGAAACGCAGUCGCGGAAUCUCGAUUUCUUCAUCCUAUUUAGCUCACUCUCCGGAAUUGUGGGUCAGCAUGGACAGGCUGGUUAUGCCAGUGCAAACACUUUCCUCGACGCAUUUGUCAAGUUCCGGACAAGCAAGGGGCUCCCUUGUACGUCGCUGAACAUUGGUGCCGUGGAGGGAUCAGGCUACCUGGUCGAGCAAAAUGAACUGCUAAACAAGAUGAAGGGGACAGGCUGGCGGGCCGUGCAGGAAUCAGAGUUACUGGAGGUGUUGGGGACCGCAAUGCUCUCGGCAACAACUAAGGUCAAAGAGGAUGAACCGCCGAAGUCGAGCCUCGUCGACCCAAACACUAUUCUCGUGGGCAUUGCACCAGUAAUCCCCCUCAGCAGUCCUGACAGCAGCGCCAGGCUACGCAAAGAUGUUCGUAUGUCGGUCUUUCGCAACAUCCGCAGCCAAGGCAAUGCGACUGCCUCCAGCGACCGUUUGCGACAAUUCCUGAGCGCAGCCAAGGCCAGCCCAGAAACGCUGAACACACCCCAGUCAGUUGCCUUGUUGGCGCAGGAGAUUGGGAAGAAGCUCCUGGGCUUGGUGCUGCGGUCUGUGGACGAUGAGAUUGAUGUAGCUCUGCCACUUGCGCAACUCGCUUGGACUCGAUGGUGGCGGUAG